UUACCCUGAAAUUGUCAAUAACAACAAGAGAUAAGAAUGGCUGCCGUCAAGCUGUCAAAAGAUAUUGUGCGAUCUUUUGUCAAUUCUUUCGACACGGUUCUCUUUGACUGCGAUGGCGUGCUAUGGGCUGGAAGUAAAAUUAUAAAUCGCGCAAUUGAGACGGUCAAUUAUUUGAAAGAGUCCGGCAAACAAAUAUUUUACGUUACAAAUAACAGCACCAAAACAAGAUCUCAAUAUCUUGAAAAGUUGACAAAACUAGGAUUUAAUGCAGAAGAAAAUGAAAUUGCUACAUCGGGUUAUCUAGUUGCAUCAUACCUACAAUCUAUUGACUUUAAGCAAACAGUCUAUCUAAUUGGUAGCAAAGGCUUUGCCGAAGAACUGGAAAACCAUGGAAUAAAACACACUCAGAUUGGGCCAGAUGUUAUGCCAACUGAGAUGCAGUAUUAUGUCAAUGGAAAAAUUGAAAUGGAAGAGGAUGUUGGAGCUGUUGUGAUAGGAUUUGAUGAACACUUAAGUUACCCUAAAAUACUCAAAGCAGCCAACCAUCUAGCCAACCCAGACUGUCUCUUCCUAGCUUCAAAUGCAGAUGAAACCUUUCCAAUGGAAAUUCCACUAGUUGUUCCUGGAACUGGGGUUAUGGUUAGAGCCGUUGAAACAGCUUCACUAAGAACUGCCAAAGUAUUUGGGAAGCCAUCAGUUGCAAUGUUUGAGGCCAUUUCAAAGAAGUGCAAGAUUGACCCAAAGAGGACUUUGAUGAUUGGAGAUCGAUGCAAUACAGACAUAAGUUUUGGAAAGAACUGCCAAAUGACAACUCUUCUGGUCUUAACUGGUGUUACAAGCCUGAAACAACUUGAACAGUACAAAAACAAUGAACAACAUCUUCUGAUACCAGAUUUUUAUACAGACUCAUUAGGUGACUUGUUAGAUUUAUUAGAACAGUGAUAGUAGAUCAAUUGGAGACUUGAUUUGUAGUUUUCGAAAGGGCUUCUUUAAUCUUGCCAAUUAAGUUGUCGAGACCAAGGGAGUCCAUUUCCACAGAACACGAGUCACUGUUUGUGUGUAAUGUUAAUUCGACGAUCGGCGUAUUAAGUGCGCUCACUUUGUUACUCUCCAAUGCUAACUGUGUUUUGACAUUAAAAAAGUGAAUAGGA